AUGGCUCUUCUGAGAAGACAAUAUGCUUACUCAAAGAUCGACAAUGAAGACCCAGAAGAGAAAAGGCAUCGGCUGGCACAGUUGUUGAUCCAGAAAGUGCUUUUGCAGGCGGAUUCACGAAAGAGUCCAUCAGUUUUGAGAAUUAGGAUAUGUAGGUUGAAGGUUAAGAUUGGGAGGAGAUUAAAGAAGCUGAGGAAGAGCAUGUUUGCGGCAAGAGUUGUUGGUACUCACAAACGAGUGAUCAGUAUUGUGAAAACAUGGAAGCGCCUGUUUCACCGUGGAGAGACCAUUGUUAGCCUGCCUUCUGUGUUCACUUGA